CCAAUGGCAAUAAACCACCAGUCCUCAAUGUCAAUAAACCACCAGGCUCCAAUGUCAAUAAACUACAAGGCCCCAAUGUCAAUAAACCACCAGACCCCAAUGGCAAUAAACUACCAGGCCCCAAUGUCAAUAAACCACCAGACUCCAAUGUCAAUAAACCACCAGACUCCAAUGUCAAUAAACCACCAGGCCCCAAUGUCAAUAAACUACAAGGCCCCAAUGUCAAUAAACCACCAGGCCCCAAUGUCAAUAAACAACCAGGCCCCAAUGUCAAUAAACCACCAGACUCCAAUGUCAAUAAUCCUACAGACGCCAAUGUCAACAAACCACCAGGCCCCAAUGUCAAUAACCCACCAGGCCCCAAUGUCAAUAAACCACCAGGCCCCAAUGUCAAUAAACCACCAGCUCACAAUGGCAAUAAACCACCAGGCCCCAAUGGCAAUAAACUACCAGUCCCCAAUGUCAAUAAACCACCAGGCCCCAAUGGCAAUAAACCACCAGUCCCCAAUGUCAAUAAACCACCAGUCCUCAAUGGCAAUAAACCACCAGCUCACAGUGGCAAUAAACAACCAGGCCCCAAUGUCAAUAAACCACCAGGCCCCAAUGUUAAUAAACCACCAGGCCCCAAUGGCAAUAAACCACCAGGCCCCAAUGGCAAUAAACCACCAGGCCCAAAUGUCAAUAAACCACCAGUCCCCAAUGUCAAUAAACCACCAGCUCACAAUGGCAAUAAACCACCAGACCCCAUUGGCAAUAAACAACCAGACCCCAAUGUCAAUAACCACCAGGCCC